AUGCAACAAGACCUGCCACUGCACCUCCAAAUGAGACCGAAUUCUUUUCAUCGACCGGUACACGCUGGGCAAGAUCUGCGACAUCGCCACCACCCUGACAAGCUGGUUCAGUCGACAAAAACCAAGGAAGACAUUCUUCAGGGCGGGCGACCUGAGCCGCCGUGGCAUGCUGUCUGCUUUGGUCUGGACCAAGGACCUUCAGCAGCAGCUGCACUUGCUGAGCCCUCAUCAUCAGACGAUGAGGCACCAUUGCUAUGUGGAGUGACAGGAUGCAUGGCGCCAAUUGUACGGGGCCUCCAUGCACAGUCCAGAUCUUGGAGUGCUGAACGGAGAUCAUCUUCACGAUACUCUACACCGGCCUGUCUUCUUCACCAUCUGUCCAGUACAGGGCCUUACCAGGACAGGCUCUUAGCCACACCCCAUCCAUGCGCUGAGGACGUCUUGAACUUCUUUCCUCCCAGCAUCCUGAUGGACAAG